AUGCGUGUGUCCCUAGUAGGCUGUGAUGAGGGUGUGAACAUUGAGGUGCUUCGGGAUACAGGAGCUAAGCAGAGUAAGAAGGUGUGUGAUGCUGACGUGACCUUGGCUGAUGUUAAAUCUUCGGUUGAGCCUGUUGUAUGGUCUAGUUUGCCUGUGACCUUGUCCAGGGAUGAGUGGGUCACGGCGCAAAGAGCGGACCAUAGUUUGUCGGCUGUGUGGGAUCAGGUUUUGACAUACGAUCCAAUUGAGGAUGUUGCGCAGGGAUACUUUGUACAGAACAAUCUGUUGGUGCGUAAAUGGUCUCCAUGUGACCAUGGGGGGUUGGGCGAGCCCGUGUUUCAGCUGGUUGUACCUUAUGCGUUUAGGAAUGAUGUCAUGAAAUCUGCGCAUGAUCAUAGUGGUCAUUUUGGGGUGCGUAAAACGUACUUGCAUCUCCUGAAGCAUUUUUUCUGGCCUCGUGUCAAGAAGGACGUGGCGGCGUACAUUAAAUCUUGUCACGUGUGUCAGCUGACUGGCAAGCCUAACCAGAAAGUUAAGCCUGCACCGUUGCAGCCGGUUCCAGCAGUGGAUGAGCCGUUCGAGUAUCUUAGUUCGGGUUUCAGCCCGAACGAGCUCGUCUUUGGUCACGCUGUGCGCAGUCUGUUGGCAGCUUUGAAAAGUAAUCUGGUGUCCACCGAAGCUCCUAGGAAUUUGAUUGACUUCGUGACUGGUUUUCAUCAUCGCUUGUGUAUGGCGGGGUGUAUGGCGAAAGCGAGGUUGCAGUUGGCCCAAGAUAAAGUGAAAAGGCGGUAUGACCGCCGUACGGGUGAUGAUGGGGUGUUGCGGCCGGUUUGUUUCUUUUCCAGGAAGUUUAAUCGCUAUCAAAGCCACUUUGAGGUCUAUGUGGGCGGCAUGGUUCCUCUGGUGGUGUAUACCGAUCAUAAUCCCCUGACCUUCCUGAGGAGCUUAAAAUCUCCAAAUCCAAGGUUGGUCAGGUGGUCUCUAUUCCUGCAGGGCUACGAUUUGGACAUCCGCCAUAUCAAGGGGCCGGAUAACAUCUUGGCGGAUGCCCUGUCGCGCGCUCCAUUGUCGUCUCCAGGUUGA